AUGGCGUCUUAUUUCGAUGAGCACGACUGCAAGCUCUUGAACCGUGGACUUGAGGCCCGCAACAAUAUGUUGCUGGAGCUCAUGAGGAGAGUGCAUGGGGCUUGGAACUGGGCCCCGGGGAGCAGAUCACUCCUUAAUAGGAUGCACUUUGAAGACUUGGGAUUCGUAGACUGGGAACACCACCUGCCUCCACCAGGUGCCAAGGCUGUGGUGGAGGGCCUUCCCAGAACAGUCAUCAGUAGCUCCAAGGCUGAGCUCAAGUGCCCUGUGUGCCUUUUGGAAUUUGAGGAGAAGGAGACAGUCAUUGAGAUGCCCUGCCAUCACCUCUUCCAUUCCAACUGCACUCUGCCCUGGCUAAGUAAGACAAAUUCCUGCCCCCUGUGCCACCAUGAGCUGCCCACCAAUGAUGCCAGUUAUGAAGAGCACAAAAAAGAUAAGGCUUGGAAGUAG